AUGACUGACAGGAUGCAAGCAUUCAGACAACUGCUCAAACCUGGAACUCCAUUUUGCUGGGAUGACACUCUAGAGCGUCUUUUUCAAGAAUCAAAAGCAGUUAUUAUCAGUGAAAUAGAACACGGCGUCCAGAUAUUUGACAAGAAUAAACCAACUUGUCUUGCCACAGAUUGGUCAAAGAAUGGCAUCGGAUAUUGGCUUUUCCAAAAACAUUGCAAUUGCUCCAAAACCGUGCCAUUCUGUUGCCGAGACGGAUGGAAAAUAACUCUUGUUGGGAGCAGGUUCACUAGCGCCACCGAAUCCAGAUAUGCCCCCGUAGAAGGCGAAGAACUUGCGGUUGCUGAUGCUUUAGAAAAAGCGAGAUACUUUGUUCUCGGAUGUGACAAGCUAAUCAUCGCUGUGGAUCACAAGCCCUUAAUCAAACUUUUUGGUGACAGAUCACUAGAAGAUAUUCCUAAUUCAAGACUUCGUAACCUAAAAGAGAAAACUCUACGUUACAAAUUCACAAUGUUACACGUGCCCGGCGCCAAACAUCGUGCUGCUGAUACCGUUUCUCGUCACCCAGUUGGGAAAUCUGAUAGCAUGGUUUUAAUCGAUGAUAUUGCUUCUGUUCAUAUCUGCAACAAGAAUGAGGCGCAACAUACCAUCCAAACACAUAAUCACAAAAUCGCAGAUGAUACACUGGAAAUCCCAUUGAAAAGUAGCGAAGCUAUCUUCUACUCGACAGCAUUGUCAUCAGUCACCUCACUUCAGUGUAUAACCUGGGAUAGAAUAAGGACUGCCACAACAAGCGACGAGUACAUGUUCCAGCUCGUACAGAUGAUUGAAAGUGGCAUCCCAGAAACACGAAACGAUCUUCCAGUUCCCCUGAGAGAAUAUCAUCAGUUCCGUAACAACCUCUCCACUAUCGAUGGAGUCAUCAUAUAUAAGGACAGAAUAGUGAUACCACCUUCAUUGAGAACAGACGUGCUGACAGCGCUACACUCAGCCCACCAAGGCACUUCAUCCAUGAUGUCAAGAGCAGAAACAUCUGUGUUUUGGCCCGGCAUAUGCAACGACAUCACCAAGCUUAGAAACUCAUGCAACCAUUGCAACAGAAAUGCCCCAUCCCAACCCAGCGCCCCGCCAACUCCAUCUGUCUACCCCUUAUAUCCAUUUCAGUGUGUUUGUGCCGACUUUUUCCACUACAAAGGCGGUAAUUACCUGGUGAUUGUAGACAGAUACUCAAAUUGGCCAAUUGUUGAAAGGGCACAAGAUGGCGCAUCUGGCCUUGUUGAUUGCUUACGCCGCACAUUCGUCACAUUUGGAAUACCAGAUGAACUGUCUUCUGACGGCGGCCCGGAAUUUACAGCUUCAACAACCAGAGAUUUCCUAAAAACAUGGGGUGUGCACCACAGGCUUUCUUCUGUAGCCUUUCCUCAUAGCAAUUGUAGAGCAGAAGUUGGCGUGAAGGCUGUGAAGCGCAUGAUCACAAACAACACUGGUCCAAAUGGUGAAUUGGACACAGACUCCUUCCAGCGUGCAGUGCUGCAAUACCGUAACACUCCAGACAGGGAUACGAAAUUAUCGCCAGCAAUGUGUGUUUUUGGGCGGGCCAUUCGAGACUUCAUCCCAAUCUUACCAGGCCGCUAUAAGCCACACGAGACAUGGAGUGAUACGCUUACCCUGAGAGAAGAGGCUUUACGUAUCAGACACAUGAAGACCGCCGAACGCUUAGCUGAACAUACGAAGCGUCUGCUGCCACUAAAAGUUGGAGACCUCGUCAGGAUUCAAAACCAAACUGGACCAUAUCCGAGAAAAUGGGAUAAAACCGGAACUGUUAUAGAGGUUCACCAAUAUGACCAAUACGUCGUACGUAUCGACGGGUCGGGCAGAAUCACGCUUCGCAAUCGAAAGUUUCUACGCAAGGACAUCCCAAACUUUACACUACCGACGAGCGGAACUCCAGUGGUCCCGGCAAAUCCUUUGAAGCCCAGUCUGGACAUCAAUCCACAAGGGAUCAGUAAGCGUGCACCAGCUUCACAAGAUCUGAGUAACAGUCCACCUCCUGUGCAGGAUAGGACGUCUCAUACAGUCCAAUCUAAACCGCAAACACCCUUGGCAUUGGACGGAUCCCCACAAAUGGUUAAUCCGUCUCCCUCUCCUGCAUCGCCCAGGCUACCCCCGUCACCACAUCCUCCAACUACCUCACCUGCAACACCAGUCACACCCAGGAGGAUCGUGACAAACAGACCAGAGCAACUAUCCGUUGACCUUACCCCAAGACGUCCUAAUCGACAACGACAAGAGCCAAAAUGGCUUAGUGAUUAUGAGCAUUAA